AUGUCCAGUGAACUACCAGUUUGUGUCCUCAAGUCCCAACCAGUUCUAAUAUGCCCUGAAAAACCAACUCCAAAAUGUUCAUUAUAUCUCUCUAACAUAGAUAAUCUAGAUUAUCUAAGGUAUCAUUUUGAACUCCUGUGGAUUUAUAGAAAAUCAAUACCUAUUGAAGAUUUAAAGUCUUCCCUUUCUAAAGUUCUUUUUCAUUACUAUCCAUUAGCUGGAAGGGUUAGAAUAUGUGCGGAUGAUGAAGACAGACUUGAAGUUGAUUGUAAUGGUAAAGGUGCUUUACUUGCUGAAGGAUUCAUGGAGUUUAGCGCUGAUGAGUUUUUGAAAGAUAAUACAUGGCUUAACCCAGCCUGGAAGGAUAAGCUCUUGUUUAAAGUUGAUGCUCAAAGCGGCUUGGAUACUCCUCCUCUUGUGAUUCAGGCAACAUAUCUAAGCUGCCGAGGAAUGUUGAUGUGCAUCGCUAUGCACCACUGCAUGGCCGAUGGUACUGGUGCAUCGAAGUUUCUCCAUGAUUGGGCAUACAUACAUACUAAUCCCAACAUGGAUCUUCCAAUUCCGCCAAUCCACUACCGGGAAAUGUUGAAACCUAGAAACCCUCUACAAGUACCCUUCGAUCAUCCUAAAUUCACCGGCAUUACUCAAGAUUUUGAUAUUCCUACAUAUCUUCAAUCUCAAACAUUGGCUCCUAGUUGCUUCACCAUUACACCAUCACAUAUCCAACAUCUCAAACAAUUAUGUGAACCCUCUCUAAAAUGCACCACAUUUGAAGCACUAGCUGCACACGUCUGGCGCUGUUACGUUAAAGCCCUAAAUCUACCUCCAUCACUCAUAGUCCAACUCUUCAUCCCAACAAGCAUGAAGACAAACAUAGAACCAAAUUUGCCAAAAGGGUAUUACGGUAACGGUGUUGUACUUGCAUGUGCUGGAACGACAGUUAAAGAAUUAGUGACUGCUAAGACGAACCAUAUUGUAGAACUAAUUCAGAAUGCUAUAAGAAGAGUACGAUGUAAUGAUUAUGUGAGAUCUUUGAUUGAUAUUAUCGAAGAGAAAAAAGUACCUCCUUUACAUAUAAGUCAAUUGAGUAUAUCUGAUUGGAGAAUGCUGGGGUUCCAUGAAUUGGAUUUUGGUGAAGGUAAGCCUUUACAUAUAAGCCAAUUGGCCAGUGAAGCUAUGUGUAAGUUUCUACCGUUCAUCGGUGAUAGUAACGCUGCAAAGGUUCUUGUUUGGGUACCUAAGAAUAUUGUGCACAAAUUUGAAUAUUACAUGAUGAAUGAUUUCAUUCAAGAAUAUGUCAAGUUGAUCAGUGUUGGUGGCUUGAAGUUUGAAGGAAAGAAGAUCAGGAGUAAGGUAUAAGAACUUUGGAGAAGAGCUAGUUUGGAAGGAUGAGAAUUCGAAAGGAGAAGCCAACUAUAAAAUACUCUAUCGCAAUAGGCAGAAUUAGAAAAAUCAAAGGCCUAAUUUAUGUGAAACGAUAUCAUUCACAAUAUAGAACUUCUGUCAUGUUUUUAAUUUGUUUUUUUGUUUUCCAUUUCCUAAAGUUUUUAAUGUUUAUGAGCAUACUAUUGAUUUGAGAAUGUUGAUCGUU